ACCGGUUUCACAAUUUUAAAUAAACUACUUUACAAUUUUGUAGGCGUUCCUGUAAAAGGUUUUCUACUGUUUAAAUCCAAUUGAUGUGGAUACGAGUUUCGUUUCGAUAUCUCUUCUGUAGACAUUACUGCAAAAUAAAUAUGCAAACAGAUCGUUCAAAAGUGGAUUCGGAUGUAUUUUCAAAUUUUUUCCCGUUUUUUUUUAUCCGAUCAGUGGCUAAUCAAGAAUGUAAGAAGCUGAUUGCAGAACUGUUUGUUCCAUAUUCGAUCCCAGCUUUAACUAAUUUUGAAGUUCAGGAGGAUCGUAGGCAACGACGAUUUUCUUUUGAAUGUUCAGUUCAUGAACCCUUAUCGGUUUUCUUCACUCAUCUUAUAUCUUCCAUUAAUGGCCAGUAUUUGAAAGGAAAGAGUGUAUCAACCAACAACAGAGUUUAUUUAGCUACAAAAGCUAACCUGGUUUGCAAAAGUACAGAUGGAUCUGCUGCCUUAACGGAAUUUAGUAAUGACAAGACUCUUGAAGAUUGUUUUCUGUCCGACUUUACUAGUAAUAAUGCUAGUAAACCGUAUCAAUUAUCGUUGCAAAUCAACUUUUCCAUGCAUGACCAUCCUGAAAAAAAUACCUUGCUUGUUUACACUGUCCAGAAAAACCCAGCACGUAUAAUCCAAUGCCGUUUAAAUACAAUUCCGAUGGUGGGUUGCCCUGUUGUACCGUUUCUUGAAGGAGAAAAUAUAUGUCUGACAAAUUCUGAAUUUUUAUGGUUUGUUGGACAGUCUAAAAAAUGGCCCAAUAAACCGUGUCACAAAGGCUUCUUAUUCAUACCAACUGAAGAUCAUGUUGGUUUAUCAAUUCAAUUGAAAGUUCUUGUACGUGACAUUAAAGGUAUGGCCGGUGUCCCAUUCGGAAUAAGCAAAUAUUUUGAUCCUUAUGGACAACCGAUUGAAUGCAAAUCGCCUGUACUUACGGCUUCUAAUCAAGUAUUUCAUCAACUGAGGUAUAAGUGGAUUGAAAACAAUAAAUUAGAUUCACAACAUUUACGUGUUGUAAGUUACAACAUUCUGGCCGAAAUGUAUGCUCGAUCUGAUUUUGCUCGUGCCCAUAUAUUCAAACAUUGUCCAGAGGCUUGUAUCAGUUCAGCCUACCGAUUACCUUUGAUUUUACGUGAACUGUUUUCUUAUCAGUCGGAUUUCAUCUGUCUUCAAGAAGUCGAUCGAUGGGUUUACGACAAAUACCUUUUAAAUGCUUUAAGAUCCUAUCGAAAUAUGGACGGUAUAUUCUUAGCAAAAAGAGCAGUCAUAACUGAUCCGAAUGAUCCAACUAAAGUUAAAGUUGACACAGAAAAGGAAAAGGGUGAAGGUUGUGCAAUUUUCUACUGUCGUACCCGGUUUGAACUUGUAUCGGAAUGCGGCUUACCAUCGAUACUUCAUUAUGCAUCAAAUGUUCCAUUUUUAUCAACUAUGUUAAACAAUUUCAAUUCCACAACCUUAAGUCAUGGCUCAACGGGUCAUUCGUUUGGUGAAGAGAACACUGAAACCCAUAUUCAAAAGUCAUUAUCGCAGUGUCUGAUCAGUGGAGUAUUUCGAGAAAAGUCGACCACAUCACAAUCUCCUUUACUGAUUGUUUCUAAUGCCCACUUCUAUUUUCAUCCUUCAGCUAGUCCGAUUCGAAUUAUUCAGGCGCGUACAGUUCGUCACUACUUAUUAAAACUUGCUAUGGGUUACAGGCAGUCGGAUAAUAAACCAAUUCCAAUUGUUUUUUGUGGGGAUAUUAAUCAGUGUCCAGGUAGUGAUGUGUAUACCGCCCUCACUCAAGGUAAUGGAUUCCCUUCUGAUGAUGAGGUUGCUUAUCAGCCUAUAUUUGAAUCAGCUUAUGUAAAUAAUCCACCUGAAUUUACUAACUGGGUGCCUGGAUUUCACAAUGUUUUGGACGUUAUACUGUAUAAUACCGACUCAGAUUUAAAAUGUAUCCAUGUGUUACCGAUUGAUCCACUGCAGAAAAUCAAAGAGCUUUUGACUCAGUUAAUCAAUUCGGAUGGUCAAAGUGUGCCAGAUUCUAGCCAACUGGGUCUCCCAAAUGCCUAUUUCCCAAGUGAUCAUAUCGCACUUGUAGCUGAUUUUUCAUGGGACUCUUUAAAACAUACAAGUGAAUAGUUCUUCGUGUAUAACAACAUAAAAGAAAAUGAGCUUAUAAAAACAAUGAUAAUCGUCAUCUUUUUAUUAGAUAGAUCAGUCAAUCUAACAUAGAUUUCAUUUUGAUAAAAUUGAAGCGAUAGACACAUGUUUUUAAGAUCCUCCAUCAAUUGUUUCAAACUUCAUCGUUCCUUCAUUGCCAAAACAAUUAUUCACUGUUCCCGUUCUCUUCAUUUCUAUCUUCCAGACCUUCUGCUGCCAAGCCUCCCACUUCUGAUUGGUGUUAUAUGCUACUUAUGUCGACAGACUAAGAACCUCAUUUCCACAUGGAGUAGGCGAUGACGUUGUCGUCCAGAACGACAAUUAGAGCUUCACCACUAAUCUAUUCAUCUCAGAGAACUUAAGAUCACUAAAAUUUUAUUGAUUAUGAUGUUGGCCAAGUUAGAGGAUAUUUACGUCAAAGUCUAUUGGAUUAUUAGUUACAAGAUAACCAGAAAAAGUUAAAAUCAUAAAGCUCGAUCCACAUAUCAGAAAAAUGAAUAUUUUUGAAUAUUAUAUAUAUAUAUAACAGUAGACUAGUUCAGUUAACUUUAAUUUUUAGUAUACAAUGAACUGUCUAGAGUUAUCUACGUUGGUAGUCAUAAAAUCAAUACUAGUGGGAAUACUUCAUCAACUUCAUUUUCAUUCACGCACACAAAGAAAAAGUGAAGAGUUUUCUAUUUAUUGAAGAACCUCGGUUAGCGUCUAUCAAAUGGGUAUAACGUAGAGCAGACAGAAUUACAGAAGCAUAAAGCCAAAAAACCUCAGUACAAAUGUGAAGUGCCGUCUUGUCUUUUGUCAACCUACGUUAAUUAAGUGAGUUUGUUUUAUGUUAUAACUAUAGGAAAUGACUUUUGAAAGUGGCGCCCAAUUAUUCCAAUCAGUCAGAAGGAAAGCCCUCACCAGUUUCCAGUAUAGUUUAAUUCACAAAUCAAAAACAGUUAUUUUACAAUGCAAUUAUUAUGAGUAGUAUGGGGAAUUUAUGGAGAUCGGUGAAUUUUCAUACUUUAAGUCAUGUACUGAUCUUAGUUAAACAACUAUUAAAGUCCACGUGCUGGAGGUCCGGGGUUCAAUCCCUGGUGGGGUGAUGAAUGCCAACUACUGAGGAGUCUUACACUAGGACAUAAUUAUUGUCGCCUAGAAGUGAAGUUUUAGUCAUUCUUAACAUAUUGAAUCCGAUCCAAUAUUAUCUGUUUACUUCAUUGUGUCUUAAGAUUCAGAAUAAUUUCAGUUAUGCAUUACAUGACUAAAUAUUGAUUGAUUCACUGACUUUCAACCAAUACACGCAUCAUUUAUUCAAUUAAUCAAAACACACGUUUCGUCCCAUCACUUACUGAACACAAAUCAUUUGUGCAUCAUUCUUAUUUACAAACUGAUCCAUUUGAAUUGGUAAUAACUAGUAGUUAUCUACAAUUUCCUAAAUGAUAGUUAUUCUAUCAGAUUCUGAAACACACACACAUUGUCUAUGUGAAUUUUUAGAAAAAGAAUAAAUCUAAUGUAAAGACAGGUUGAAUGUUGCGUGUGACCUUGAGCCCUAGAAAUUAAAAGAAUGUUAUCUUAGAUUAUUUUUUAACAGUUUUACUUGCUCGUAAAUCUUUUUGAUAAAAUCUCCGAGUGAUUUCAUUUGUAAACGAAAGUGGGACCAAAUUUUUGAUCUGCAGAAAAAAAGAAAAAAAUCAUUGAAAUGUUUCUGAUAGUCGCUGUUGUUGAAUAGCGUAUUGGUCUCUUCAAUCAGUACCCAUGAACAAUCAAAAUUAUAAUAGUUGGAGAGAUGAUAUUAUUUUAUUGUGAAUAUGUGUCGUUGGGUAAUUAAACUAAUGGAAUGUGAACCACUACUCGUUUAGGUAUCCAUUGCUUGCUCACUUGGUUUCUGGUUAGCGUACGGCUUUAUUGGAGUCCGUUAAAUCAGAUAAGAUUUCCGAAAACCUUUGAAAUUAAUAUAGGUUCGUUCAAAUGGUUUUCCUAACUGAGAGUGAACCUUUUCUGUGGUGGACUGUAGGAGCUCUGCUUGUGUAAAUGCACUCUACACAUAUGCUCAGAUUGAGGGGAGAAAUUGUUAGAUCAGCACUAUAUAAAUUCCCUAUCAUUCAGUGAAGAAUAAAAUUCAUUGAAUAGUUAUUCUUUAGUUGUUCUAAUUUAGGCACUCAUCAGCAGGAACCAUGUAAAAUUUCCAAACAUUCAUCCAGUGACUAAUCUGCUGAAAAAUCUGUUCUAGGUUUCAAUACGGAGUUCAGUAUCCUGGAUUCUAUCAGGUCUAAUCACCUAAUGAUGAUAUGUGCAUAAAAAGUUAUUUAACCAGUGAGAAUAUGAAUCAUUGUAGCUGCAUAACCUGAGAAUGAUAAUUUACUAUCCAUAAAGCUUGUUGUUUCAGAGUCUCAUGCUGACGGAAUGGUAAAUGAACAAUUAUAGUUCAACACCAGCCUGUUGUACUAAAAAUAGGACUCCUUUUAACUGUUACAUAUCCUAACAAAAAUAAUUGUUUUCAAAAGGAUAUCCUUCUUCAUCUGUACUCUGAGUAACUGAGUGAGUGAGUGAGAGACCUUACCUUAUUCACCGUAUAUCCAGUAACUAGAAUUAACAUGAUAUUCAUUGUUACAAGACAAAAGCUUGAUAAACCAACGUAAAGGAAUUCCAAAGGAGCAUUGCAAUGAUUUCUCAUAUAGAUAAAUUCGUAUUGUCGAAUCCAUGGAUAUGUACAAUAAUGCAAUGUAGCUGUAACAUUCGACUCCACAUCUGUUGUUGUUUCAUACUAAAAAACGCAGAAAAAAUAUCAUUAACAACGAAACAGUGAACAUUUGCUCUAGAAAUAAAACCGUUUGUUAACAGAACAAAGUCACUAGGUGAAACGAUUUCAAAAGUAUGUGUAUAUUGUAAGGGUAUGUGUGUAUAUAAGUUGAUUGACAUUUUUAUUUUUAAAAAAAAUAAAACAUUUAAUCGCUUGCAUUCACAUCUUCCCUGUUACAGUAACUAUCGACAAAUUCAAAUCUAAAUAUUUCAAACCAAAUGAGAUUUGCUGCUGUUUACACACACUAUGAUUAUUGUCAGCCGAUUAAGCAACCAAAAUCGGGAGUUUAUACACAAAUAGUUGUAGACAAAUAAUUUAUUAUUGUUGGUAUUAGAGACUUAAAACUAUUUAUUUACACACACACAAUCUAUUAUUGUUAAUAUUUACAUUAUGUAAUCUAGUACUGUAAUCAUUAUUAUAUGAUCGCGUUUCUUUUUUGUUCGUACAUCCUCACGCAACUAAUACUUGAGAAAAAUUUCCAUACAUACUUUUGUACAACCUGAUAAUAAAUUCAUUGAAAAGAGAUCCCUUCUCUGAACUUCGUGAAUUUAAUAUCUAAAUGGGAAUUAUAUGACUAUUUCUAGUCUUCGUUGUUUCAUUAUAAAUUAUUACUUUCAUAAUAAGCAACUGAUUUUGCGGCCGCCAUCUCUUAUCAUGUUUUUCUCUGCUGUAACCAACAGUUAUAGAUCUGAUCAAAUCUUAUAUAUAUAUAGUCCUGUGUCCUAUAUUCAAGAAUUGGAGUGCUGAAGCGCUAUUUUUAUGUGUCGUCAAAAAAGUGAACAAUUACCUCACGUUUUUCCCCGGUGGAGAUGGCCAGAAGAGAGAGUAAUAACAAAUGACCCUAAAAAACAAUGUAAUAGAAACAGUGGCGUAUUAAGGGGCUUCAUCUAGAGGAUUCUGAAGGGAUGCUAACCAUAGUAAUGAAAAACUUUACGCUAUCCAAAGUAUUUAUCACUAUCUGAACUUAAUGAUUAAUAGUCGGAAUUAAAAGGAACUUUGAACUAUUACCAAAUUUGGGCUGAAGGCUAGAUUAGGAUUAUCAGUUCAGUUCAUUGUAAAAUAAUUAAAAAUGGAAACAACGUUUAACUGGGACAGGACAAACUGCUGGUCAUAUGUAGAGAAAUUCGAAUACUUCACUCCUACCUGAAGUUUCUACUGAUUUUAUUGAAAAAACAAUGAAAGCUUCACGACUAAACCAUCCAGCCCAGAGAACGAAACUCCACCAAAAUCAUCCACCUGUGUUACAAACCUCUACUAACCCGAAUUUAAGUUUUACUGAGUAUUAAGGUUACGGGCUAAUUCUUUGAAUAUAGUAAUAAUAAUAUUGAUGAUGAUUGUUAUAUCCUAGUGAAGACAUAA